CGUCCGGGCAGACCACCAAAGCGCAGCCUGCCUCUUUCUCUUUCACAGACUGUUCAUAUGUUACAUGGCUUGGGACACGGAGCUGAUCCACUGAAAAAACCCAAGAUUGAAAAUGGAGUUGGUCUUGCCAACCUGAAAGCCCACCUACCCUUCAAUGGUUACGAGAGCCUGAUGGCCGGUAACUCACCCUACCUGUUGACUACACACCCUGCACUUGUCGCAAGUAGCUCCUUCGCUGCCCAUCACAUCUCAUCUCCAUCUAUCUACACAAACGGCAACUUCAUUGGUAGUGCAUCGUCAAUUCAGAACAGCCUAGGGAGCCCUAAUAGCAAGUCGUCGUCAGGUAGCGGCGAUCACCCAGGAACGGACAAUGAAGAUAGCAUCUCGCCGCGGACCGAUCAUUCCUGCGGAGGAGGAGGAGGGAUGGGGUCGCCACACGGCGAUUCAGAGUUUAAUGGUGAGGUUAAAGAAGUGGAUACCAAACAUCAGAGAGCAAUGGCUGCCAUGGAACAAAGCUUAGCUAACGCCAGAGAUGACAUCCCCACAUCCUCACCAUCAGUUCAUUCUCAUGCCAAUAAUCAUUCCAAGUCCAGCGCUCAUAUCAAUGGUCUGCUGGCUGUCGACAUUUCUAGUUCUAGAACAUCGUCCUCACAUUGCCCGUCAGUCUCACCGGAAAGAGAACGACCAAUCCACUCCACUGUACAUUCUCAUCCCCUCACAAACUCUACCAGUCUGUCUUUGGAUCAUGCUGCAGCAGCCAGAGAGAUUAUGAGCCAUCAUGGACCCUCAUCUAUCGAGACGCUGCUCACUAAUAUUCAGGGUCUGCUGAAAGUCGCUGCCGAUAACGCCAGACAACAAGAGAAACAUAUCCAUCUGGAAAGAGCUGAAUUAAGGCUUGAGCUGCUGAGAGAAAGAGAACUACGGGAAGCGUUGGAGAAACAAUUGAUUGCUGAACAAAAGAGAUUAGCAAUCAUCUUGAAGAGAUUGAAGAAAGAAAAGAAAGGAAGAAGACGUCUUCAAGAGCAGAUUGAGAUGAGUCACGGCAAGAGACUCGGCAUGCCAGGAGAGACUGAAGCUGCUGUUAUUGCUCGACAGAACUCAACAGAGUCACUCAGAGCGCUCAAUGGUGAGUGUGAGUCUUUGUCACAUGAACUGGAGAAGGAGAGGCUUGCACGGAGUGAGGUAGAUAAGAAGUCUCCCGGGUCCGAUGGUAGUCCAGUUUCAUUCAGUCCACCACCACAAGCAGCAGUCCCAUUCCAACAUGACCAAGCAUAUUAUCGCUGGCAAGAAAUGGAGGAUGGAAGAAUUAAACGUGUGGACUACUAAAAACGCUUUGGAUGUUAAGCUGUGCAAAGAACAAAUACAAGAUGCCCAGCUUUAUUACAAGCACGCUGCAAUGUUCUCAGCUUAAAAUGGAGGAUACAUUAUUUGCAUUCGUUGGAUGAGAUGCAACCAUACCAACAAGAACAUCAACAUUGUCAAACAACUACAAGCUGUCAAUAGUCGAUAAAAUAGUCACGAAGAUGGAAGUUCACAGCAUGCAACAGAGUGAAUAUAAAUAGCAACCUCUCUGCUUGUAGCGUUUUUUACAAAGCGUUACACUGCUACUCUUGCUACUACAGGUUGAGUAAAACAAUAUGAGCACUUAAGAUCACGUGCUCAAUGCUUUGUUUGUAACUUCUGAAUAACAUAUAUAAUGGAUGUCAAAGUUAUAAACUUAUCAGCUUGAAGGCACUGGACACUUAAAUUGGUAAUGACUCAAAAUAAUUGUUGAUAAAGAGCAAUGGAGAGCUGUUGA